UACAUUUUUUUAUUUUUCUUCUUGUCCGUCAUAUUUUUUUUAACACUAAAUCAUCAUCCAUCCAUUAUUAUUUUAAACAGGUAAAUGCCACAUUUGGUCACCGAAAUGACUAAAUCGUGUCAUGUUCAAUCACCAGAAAACAUUAAUAUCAAUUUUGGUCACUCGAAUUACUAAAACAUGUCACUUUUAGUCACUCUCCCCGUUAAUUUCCACCAUAAAGUAUAUUUUAAACCCACAAUUUCAGUCACCACCACCUUCCAUUCUCUUCUCAUCUUCUUCAUCACUAAUUCCAUCAUGUACCAAUUUCACCCGAUUCUCCCAAGUAAUUAAUCCAAACCAAUUCCAUCUUCGUGACCACAAUACCCUAAUCAACUACGCACCCUCAUCAACACGCCGCUCGUACCGCUAUAAAAUCCCUACAAUCAAUCAAACAAACAAACAAACAAACAAACAAACCCAAAUUAAUUUAAAAACACAAUCCACCAACUGCUCAGAAAAAAAAAAGAUGGCUAUAACCGGGAAGUCCUCCUCCUCCUCCUCAUCCGGCGUCGUUCUGGCGGCGGCGGCGGCGGCUCUACUGCUGCUUCUUCUCCUGGCACCGACGCUAGCCGACGACGACGAAAACGCGUGCGGGGUCAACAUCCCCGACGUGGCCACCGAGUGCAAGGACUACGUGUGGAAAGGGUCGGAGCAGCGGGACCCCUCGCCGCCGUGCUGUAAAGCCAUCGAGGGCGCCGACGUCGGCUGCGCGUGCAAGAAGCUCCUCACCGCCGAGGUGCAGUCGCUGCUGGACAUGAACCACGUCGUCUACGUCGGGAGGCAGUGCGGCCUCUCCAUCCCCAAGGGAACCAAGUGCGGCGAUUUCGUCGUCAAUAAUUGAAGGGCUUCGUCGUUGGAUGGUAGUGGACGAGGUGAAGGGGAUCGGUGAUCAAAGAUAUCUACGACGCACUUCCUAUACUCGACGUCGUAUCAUGGGUUAUUUGUUAUUGCUAUGUAAUAUAAGUCGGUGAAUAUGUGCGUAAAUAAUAACGUGCACGUUGAUCGCAUGCAUGAAGUAAACUAUUAGAGUAUUGUGUGACGCAUAAGGUGGAGGUUAAAUCGUAAUUAUUGAAUUUAAUCAUAAAUAAGAGUUGACAAAGUUAUAGUUUUAAUAUAUUGAAUUGAAGAUUUCUUAUACGUUAAUGAAAAGUUAGUCGGUCAAAUUGUCGAGCCAAUAAAAAGAUUCUAUUCUA